AUGAUGGCGGACGAAAAGCCGUCAGUUUUAAUCAUCGGUGGUCUGGGCUACCUUGGUCGCUUCUUGGCACUUCAUAUCCAUAGGAACAUGCUGGCUUCAGAGGUGCGGCUAGUGGACAAGGUAUUGCCUCAAUUGGCCUGGUUGGGACCCGAGUUCGCCGAAGCUUGUUCCCCGGACAAGUUUAUGCAGGCAGACGCUAGCAGACCCGAAGGGUUGGCAAGGAUAUUUGACCGUCCGGAUGGCAAAGAGUGGGACUAUGUCUUCAAUUGCGGCGGUGAAACAAGAUAUUCUCAGGAAGACGAAGUGUACAAACUGAGAUCACUCAACCUUUCGAUGGCAGUGGGCAAGGAGGCCGCCAAGCGAAAAGUGAAGGCAUUUGUGGAGCUAAGCACCGGCAUGGUCUACAAGUCAGACUCCUCGCCUAGCAAGGAGACGGACAAGUUGAAGCCGUGGAGCAAGAUUGCAAUCUUCAAACUGCAAGCUGAGCAGGAAUUGGCCAAGAUUGACGGACUCAAUUUGGUAAUUGUUCGCUUGCCACAUGUCUACGGUCCAUAUGCAUCGCAGUGGGUGGCUACGGCUUUGUGCAUGGCCCGCGUCUAUCAGCACCUCGAGGGUGAGAUGAAGUGGCUGUGGACCAAGGACCUCCGAACUAAUACAGUACACAUCGAUGAUGCGUCGCGAGCGUUAUGGGAAGUUGCCGCGUGGUAUGCCGCCGGAAAAGCCCGGUGGACUACUGAAAUGGGAAAAGUGCCGACUUUCAACGUCGUGGAUAAGGGUGAGACUAACCAAGGAAUGAUGGCGGCUAUUAUUGGCGACAUUUUCAAGAUUGAAACGGGAUUUCAGGGUCAGUUAAUCAGCACAUUUGCACGCCUGAAUUUGGACAGUGUGGUGGACGACGUCAACGACGAGGUUCUUGGUCCCUGGGCCGAACUGCUUGCAGAUGCAGGAAUUACUCGGCCCGGACCUCUUACGCCCUUCAUGGAGAAGGAGCUUCUGAAGGACACGGAUCUCAGUAUGGACGGCAGCCGAUUGGAGACGCUCAUCAAGUUCACAUACGAGAAGCCAGUCAUCACUAAAGAACUGGUGGAGGAAGUGAUUGAAAGCUACAAGAGAAUGAAGUGGUGGCCAUGA